AGGGAACUGAAAAUUUGCAUUACUAAUUGUAGAUAUGAAUCAGUCAAAAGAUCUGCCUUGAAAUACGGCUUCAAGGAGGUGGAUGAAAAAGAUGAUUGGAAUUUAUAUUGGACGGAUUUGUCUGUUUGCAUUGAACGUGUCAUGCAGAUGAAACGUUAUCAGAAAAUUAAUCAUUUCCCUGGAAUGACUGAAUUAUGCCGUAAAGAUUUGUUGGCUAAAAAUUUGGCAAGAAUGCAAAAGUUAUUUCCAAAUGAUUAUAACUUUUUCCCCAAGUCAUGGUGUCUUCCUGCAGACUAUAGUGACUUAUUAGCACAUGCCAAGGAAAAGAAAAAUCAAACGUAUAUUUUGAAACCGGAAGGGGGUUGUCAGGGUAAAGGCAUUUGGAUCACAAAAAGUUUAUCAAAAAUUAAUCCCAAAGAACACAAAUUUUGCCAGCAAUAUAUCUCUAAACCAUUUUUAAUAGAUGGAUAUAAAUUUGAUCUGCGGAUAUAUGUGUUACUCACCUCAUGUGAUCCAUUCCGAAUAUUCGUUUAUAACGAAGGGUUGGCACGAUUUGCUACAAUAGAGUACGAAAUGCCUUCCUUAAAUAACUACAAUAAUUUGUUUAUGCACCUUACAAACUACUCCAUCAACAAAAGUAACGAAGAAUUCGACAGAAGCAAUGAAAACGGAAGCAAGAGAAAAUUGUCAACACUAAAUGAAUGGUUUGAAAUGAACGGCUACAAUACGGUAGAACUGUGGAAGAAGAUAGAUGAUAUAAUUAUAAAAACACUAAUCUCCGUGCACUCAGUUUUGUGCCACAACUACAGAACGUGCUUUCCACAUCCAAUCAAAGGUGGGUGCGCCUGUUUUGAAGUUCUCGGAUUUGAUGUCGUGCUCGAUAGAAAGUUGAACCCAUUUGUUCUUGAGGUGAACCACUCACCCAGUUUCUUCACAGAUUCGCAGGUAGACGGGGAAGUAAAAGAUUCACUCAUUUACGACACUCUUUGCCUCAUUAACUUCAGAGCUACCACCAAAAAAUCGUGCGACAUUGAAGACAAGGAGAAAAUCAGAUGUAGAUUAAUAACAAGUGAUCCAUCAAAACAGUUAUGUAUUAUUAUUAGGAAGAAUAUUGUGAUGUGGUUUGUUAUAAAUUACUUUGUCUUCAUUUAUUCAACUGAUAGUUGA